AAUGAAUGGAUGCACACCCUGACUUCUCUGUGACCUGGAGGGAGUCACUGCUCUCUAGCUUAGUUUUCUGCUCUGAAAAAUGGUGGGGAUUUUUCGCCAGUCGGUGGGCGGGACUGGAUUUAGGUUAUCCACCUCCCCAUAGUCCCGGGUUUCCGCGCCUCCCGGCAGAAGGUCAAAGAACAGCCUUCCCUCCGGAAGACCCUAACCUGCUCUCGGCGGCUCCGCCCGGCCCUGGACCGCUGUGGGAAGGAUGCUGCAGCCCCAGGGGCGGGACCGCCAGGCUCUGGCAGGGCGCCUCCUCCGCACGGAUUGGGUGCAACCCAGGCCAGCAGCGCACGAUUGGUUACCCAGCAGCGGAGGCGGGGCCUAAUCCUGCUGCGGAGCCGCAGGGCGGCAAGCUAGUGCGGGUCGCCGCCAGAACCCGGAAGCUGAACUGUCGCGGGGGCGAUGGCCGUGCGGAGCCUGGGACCCCUCGAGGGCUAUUGGGAGGUCAAGCUGUCAGUGAUGAGCGCAUGGUUCUGACUCCCUCUCCAGAGGCUGGACGCAGAACAGCCAUCUCAAAGUCAGGUCGCUGUGGUUUCCUCUGGCGUCUGCGAGACAAGCAGUGGCGCCUGGGCCUGUUUGAGAUCGGUCCUGGGCACGAGCUGCACCAGCUGACAUGCAUGAUGCAAGUGGGGUUGUGGGCUGCCAUCCAGGUCUCCAUGGACCACCCCCCCACAGGGACACCCACUGAGGAGGAUUUCUGCGAGGUCCAGACCCAGGUUCAUGAGAACUUCGAGCUGGGCACCCUGGCGGGGCCGGCCUUCGCCUGGCUACGCCGCUCCCUAGGCCUGAUUGAGGAGGACUAUCAGGCUGCGCUGGGCCCAGGCGGCCCCUACCUGCAGUUCCUCAGCACCUCCAAGAGCAAAGCCAGCUUCUUCUUGUCCUGCGACCAACGCUUCUUCCUGAAGACGCAGCAGCGCCGGGAGGUGCGGGUGCUGCUCGCCCACCUGCCCCGCUACGUGCAGCACCUGCAGCGGUACCCUCACUCGCUGCUUGCGCGACUGCUGGGAGUGCACAGUCUGCGGGUGACCCGGGGAAAGAAGAAAUAUUUCAUCAUUAUGCAGAGUGUCUUCUACCCCCCCAGCCGAAUCUCUGAGAGGUAUGACAUCAAGGGCUGUGAGAUGAGCCGAUGGGUGGAGCCAGCCCCUGAGGGCAGUCCCCUCGUCCUGGUGCUGAAGGACCUCAACUUUCAGGGCAAGACCAUCAAUCUGGGGCCCCAGAGGACCUGGUUCCUCCGCCAGAUGGAACUGGAUACCACCUUCCUCCGGGAGCUCAAUGUGCUGGAUUACAGCCUCCUGAUGGCCUUCCAGCGCCUCCAUGAGGAUGAGAUAUUUCCAAACAGCAGCUUCGUCUUCUGCACAGCCAGAUCCAUACAAGGGGUGCAGAGCCCAGAGGAGCUAGGAAUCCAGAACCGCAGGCUGCUGCCAAAUAGCCCCAACGCCCUGCACAUUGUGGACGGGCUGGAGCAGCGCUGUUUCCUGGGUCUUGUGGACCUCUUCACCGUAUACGGGCUCCGCAAGAGGCUGGAGCACCUGUGGAAGACGCUGCGCUACCCGGGCCGGACCUUCUCCACCGUCAGCCCGACUCAGUACGCUCGCCGGCUCUGCCAAUGGGUGGAGGCUCACACCGAGUGACCGAAACAGAGCCCCACUCUCCAUCUGGACGAUGGGCGCGCCUUGGGAACAACUCCUCUCACCUGCUGUUCUUUCGCGUGACCUCCAGAGGGCGACAUCCCCUAACUAAUAUUACCACCACCCAGCCUCGUUUAAUGGAAGUACUGCGCCUGGCACUGUGCCAGGAACUCCCCUGCACUGGUCUGUCUAAUCCUCAAAAAAUGCUAUUAUUAUUAUUUUAUAUAUAUAAAUUAUAUUAAAAUUAAAUUAUAUAUAUCAUGGGAUAGAGGCUCAAGGGGAGAAGGGGCUGAGUAAGAUCAUUCAGCAAUAAAUGCUGGAACUGGGACUCAGCUAUA